AUGGCAAACAAAAAACAGCCAGAAUGGCAUGUUCCAAUCUCUACUGAAUCUCUACCUACUCUGAAAAUUUACAAUUCCCUUACAAGGACAAAGGAAAACAGAUCAGCUGGUACAAUUGUGGCCCUACGGUUUAUGACGCGGCACAUCUUGGACAUGCCAG